GACAGUAAGGAUUUUCAAGAAUAUCUUCAACAUCGUUGAAAACAUUUUGCGAGCAGUUUUCCGAAAAAAAAACAAAUUAAAAUGGCUUUUCUUCGAAGUGGAAAGUUUUUCAGAUUCCUUUCAGCCGGUAAAAACCUUGUAAGUUUCAGAGAAUAUGAAGGAGCUCAUCAAUUACCUGCAACAUGUACAAUAUGCUCUACAAAAAAUUUCUCAUCAAUCAACGCAACAUUACCGAAUCAGUCAUUAGAAAAUUCCUUAAAACGACUUGAUCAAGAUGUGCGUCGAUCAGGAAGAAUUUCAAGACGUGACUUGGAAGAAAUUUUGGACGAAAUCCGAACAAACAAAUCAGCGACAAGCUCACAGUCGUUACUUGUAAUCAGAUGUUGUGGAAAUUUAGUGCCCGAAGAACUUCCAGAAGUGCGAACAAAGAUGGUACAGGAUAUUUGGAAAACAUUAUCAAAAUUAAAUGUUCCAAUGGAUAUUUCCCACUAUAAUGCCUUGCUGAGAGUGUAUCUAGAAAAUGAAUACAAUUUCUCACCAACAGAAUUUCUUGCUGAUUUACAAUCGAAAGGAGUUGAACCGAACCGUGUCACCUAUCAACGAUUAAUUUCACGUUAUUGUCAACAAGGUGAUAUUGACGGUGCAACACAAAUUCUCGAAUAUAUGCGUGAAAAGCAGUUGCCGGUCAAUGAGAAUGUUUUCAAUGCUUUAAUUAUGGGACAUUCUUAUGCUGAUGAUCUUGAAAGUGCUGCUGGAACAUUGAGUGUCAUGGCACAAGCCGGUCUCGAACCAUCUGCUGAUACAUACACAACACUUCUUUGUGGAUUCGCACGUAAAGGAGAUAUCGAAUCAAUCAUCAAAUAUAUUAAUGAAUGUGAAAUGAAGGAAGUUUAUUUGGUUGACAAAGACUUUCUUGAAGUCAUUUACAAUUUAGCUGUGAAUGGUCACGAUGAUAAAGUCGAUGAGAUAAUUCUUAGAUUAAAAAAAGAGCAAGGAUACAAUCAAGAUGCAGUUAAUGUCAUCCUGCGACUUAUUAAUCAAGGACAAGAACCAACAGCAAUGAAGAUACUUAAAUCAAUGGUCAGAAGAACGACAUCAUCUGGAGAAUUGACUGACACUGGAAGCUUUCUUGUUAAGCAACUCAUCAAAGCAAAUCGUCCAGUUGAUCAAAUCAUCAGUAUUUGUAAUGAAUUAGAAGAAUCAAGAAUGAACUCACGUCCACUUAUGGUUGCAAUUGAAUCUGCUUUGACAAUGACAAAUGCAGAACCUGCCGUUGCUCUCGAUUUAUUAAAAGAAGGGAAUAAAAAAGGCUACGAAAUUCGUCAACAUUACUUUUGGCCAAUUUUCUGUCGAUUAACGAAAGAAAGUGAAAUUAUUGGUUUGAUGAUGACAAUGCAAAGUGAAUUUAAAAUAACGCCAACAAAUCAAACACUUCGUGAAUAUGUGGUCCCGAGACUUUAUAAAUAUGGUGAAGACAGCAUUGUACAGAAAUUAAGAAGUUGUGGAAUAUCAACGGGAACAGGAGCAUCAGCUACUGCAUUCGCUGCACUUGAAAAACAUAAUUUAGAAAAGGCUGCAGACAUCAUGUCUUCUUACGAUUCAUAUUAUAAUCCAGGAUUGUUUAGAAAACCUCUUUUAAAUGCUUUACAACAUACCAAAGAUUAUAAUAAUUACAUUCGUGUUGUUCGACAAAUUCAUGACAAUUUCCAUCGUCACGCAUCAUUCAAACAAGAUGAAGAUGAACAUGAUGAAGUUAAUGCAGCUGCUGCUGGUGAUGGAGAAUCUUCAGAUGUCGCACAGCCAAACAAAUUAGCACAUGCAGAUGUUAUGGGUGACAUAAUUCUUGAUGCUGCUGUUUAUUUCCGUUCAAAUCGUGUGGAAGUGAUGAGAAAUAUUCUUCAAGUAUUUGUCGAUGAAGGCAUCAGUAUAAGCAACAGUAAAGCUGAGAAAAUUCAAGAUCGUAUCGGCGAUCAAAUGACAACAGAAUUUUCACUUCUCUUAGGGAAGUUGACGUCAGGUGAAUUGGAGCCAAUUCCAAAUGAGAAGCAACGUCAUCAACCGGCAGGAGGCUUCAAUUUGGAUGUGAACUCGUUGGAACGUUUAAUUAAUCGUGCUGAAGAAAAAGGAGGUGACAAUGUAAAAGGAUUGAAACGUCAAUUACUUGUCGCUGCUAUUCGAUCACGAGACAUACCAAAAACUGAAGAAGUUAUUGAGAAAUUGAAAGCUGAAGGUUUCGUCUUAACGUCAGGAGUUCACGCACAACUGAUCGAUCUUUAUGCAUCUGAAGAUAAAUUAGAAGAAGCUUUGAAUAUAUCAAAGAACAUCCAAAGUUCUGACCCUGAAUUUCAACUUGAUCAAGUGAAAGUUAUUAAAAUGAUUCAAGCUUUCGUCAAUGCUGGUCGAUUAGAAGAAGGAAUUGCAUUCUUGAUUGAAAAUAAACCAAAAGAUUCUAACGAAGAGAAAGCUUUCAACUAUAACUCGUCAGUGUGGCGUUUGUUGAGCUCUUUAGCUGAUAAAGGAAUGAAAGAUGAAUUGUACAAGCUUUUCGAUGCACUUGUCGACAAUAAUUUCAUCAUUCCUAAUAACAACUUACUCGGACCAUUAAUUAAAGUUCAUUUGAUACAAGAUGACUUAAGUGCUGUUGUUGAUAAGUUUGAAGAACUUUGUCAGAAGUACAAAGCGACGCCAUGUAAGAAUGAAAUUUCUUGUCGUUUAAUUGAAGCUGAAGAUGCGACAAACUUACAAAGAAUCACAGAUUUAAGUACAGAAAUUCACGGAGAAGUCAACAGUUUGUAUGAUCUUGUGUUCUCUUUCAUUGAAUGUGGUCGAGUGAGGCAAGCACGAAAGAUUUUGGAAACACCAGGAUUGAGAUCACGACCUGGUCGUAUAAGCAACGCAUGUGAAAGAUAUUUGAAUGAGGAAAUGCCGACAGCAUUAGAAGGUUUAAUGCAAGCAACUAAAGAUUUAAACUACAUUGAUCGAGCUGACAUUUACAACAGUUUGUUGCAAACCUACAUCAAAGAAAAUUCGACUGAAAAAGCGCUUGGAUUAUGGACGACAAUGCAGGAAGAGGAUGAACAACCUUCAGACGCUUUUCUCGCCAAACUCGCUGACUUUUUAAAAUCACAAGGAGAAACUGUUCCGUUCCAUGCUCCAGCAAGUUCUUCAAUACCGCAAGAAGAUAAAAUUGAAUCGAUGAGAGAUGAAAAAAAGAAAUCAACAUCAAAGGCAGCAGUUAAGCGAGACUCGUCAGAUAAAUCACCGACUUAUUUUGAAUUUAGACGAGCUUUGAAUAGUGGCGAUAUUGAUGCAAUUUACAAAGCGAAAGAAAACUUAGAACCAACAGAUAAAAUCACUCCAAUUGAUCAAUCUUUGAUUAUUGAAGCGCUUGUUAAAAGCGGAAGAAUCCAAGAAGCCACAAAGCAAACAUUUGACAUGUUGAAUGAAAAUCUUCAUCCAUUAUCGAGAAUUUUCCGCUUCUAUUUGAAUAGCAUUGCAAAGGUUGGUGACACGAAAACAAUUGAAGAAGUUGGCAAAUUCUUAACACCUGAAAUGAAGAAACUUGUUUCGUAUGACAACCGACUGUGUCAUAGUUUUGUGGCAAGUGGACGAUCUGAUGAAUAUUUGAAGCUUUUAGAUGAAAACAUCGACAAUGCUAAUACUGCUGAAGAGAUUUCCAAAAUUGCUAGCGAAUUCCCAAGAGGCGGUGUUUUAGGAAUUCUUGAAGAAAAAGAAGGAAACGUUGAAAAGUUUGAGAAAAUUGCAAGAAAAUAUGCUGAGAAGAAUAUCGUUGGACCGAUUAAUGUCGUCUGGACUUACUACUUCAUUAAAAAUGAUGCAAAAGCUGAAAAUAUCUUCAAAGAGUUUCUCGUUGAUACACCUCGACUUAUGUUCCAACGUGUGAUUCAAGAAGGUCGAGAUGAACAGAACGAAUCUGUAAUUUAUCGAUUAAUUGAUGUUCUUCGAACGACGAAAGUGACUGAAGGUGCAAUUGGAAAUGCUUACAGUUGCUUACUGGACAUUCAUUCAGCAAAGGAAGACGCUGAAGCUUGUCUCAAAGCCAUCGAUGCUUCUAUUAAAGAUGUUUGUCUUGAGAAUGUUAACAGAACAGCUCUUACGCGUGCGAAAGCGUGUGUUGAAAAAGCUGGAAAGAAAUUCCCGUACACGAUACCAGCAAAAACAUCAAACAAACAAGACACCAGCUCAUCGUCAAGUAGUUCCAGUUCCGAUGAUGAAGUAACAGCAAAGGAAAAAUUAAUUCUCUUCAUUAACGAUGAUUACGCGAUGUUUCGAUGUCUCAAUGACGUUCUAAGCAUUCAGUCAAAUGAAAGUGAUAUCGAAAAAAUUUUAACUCCUAAUAAUUCAUCAGAAAGUGAACAAGAAAAGUUUAUUAUCGGAAUAAAAAUUAUUUACAAUUCGAGGAGAGAAGACAUUGGUCUAAAAUUCUUAGAAUCUAUUAAGCAUUUUGAUUCUUGUCGAUUUAUCGAGCCAAGUUUCAUUGCAGAACUUCUCACUCCAGAUCAACAACAAACGGCUUCAUUCAGGGGAACAAUAAAAAUCUUAAAAUUCAUUCUCGACAAAGCCAGUAACAAAGAAUCUUUUGAGAUGGCAAUUCAUCAGCACAUGGUGCAAUACGUUCAGAAGUCAAACAUUAAAACAUCAAAUUUGCAUGACAUUCUUGAACUUAUUAAGUUACUCCAAGAUAGCAUAAAUAAUGCAAACAUGAGUGUUGAUAAUAUUCAAAGAUUGUGCACAAGAUUGAUCACGAAAAUUUCUAUCGUUCCGGUUCCUCGCGACCCCAAAGAUCUCAGUGCAAUGAAACGCGAUACAUUGCAAAUUGUUGAAUUCUUUCAAAGCUUAAGUGGAAAUCAGCGUUUUCAAAGCAUAACAUUGCCAAUCUUGAAUCACGUUUAUCAAUUAAUUACGAAAGAUGAAGAACCGUCCUCAUUGACUUAUUUAGGUCUUGCUGUGAUUCCAGACGCGUACAUUGGCGAAGCUGUUGCUCAUUUCCUUGACAACAAAUUCUAUCAAAAUCAAAAGAAGCCAAUUCUUAACGCUAUAAAGCGUCUUAUUUCAUGGCAAGUGCAAACGAUUUUAGAUGUGCCUUUGCAUUUGUGGAUCGUCAAAGUCCUAACAGCACUUCAUGAUGAAAAGCAUUACGAGAUGUUACAUGAAAUUAUUUCAACGUUUUUGGUGAAAUGUUUUUUAACACUCUUGUUACCAGCUUUUCAGCUGACAACAUUUACUGUUGUUCAAACAAUGUUGGAACUUCAGCGAUCUGAGAAGAUUUUCGAGAAUUUUUCUCCACGAAUUCUUCGAACAUUGGAACAUUUAGAGAAGUUAAAAAAUGAAAAAGCCUGUGAAAUAUUUGAGCCACUAUUGGACGUCAUCUCAGACUACAUCAGUAGCUUUCCAAACGCUCAUUUUAAUUGCAAAGAUCUUUUGGAUUAUCUUGAAGCUCAUGGUCGUUCACCAUCACGAAGCAUCAGUCAACGUCGACAUCAUUUGUCACUUCCAAGUUCCUUAAGUCACAAUGUAAGAAUUGGUUUGGAAAAUUUGGGUAACACAUGUUACAUGAACAGCGUGAUUCAAGCGCUUUUUAUGACAAAACCAUUAUGCAAUGAAUUGCUUACAAUGGAUCGACAAGAUCGUGAAACCCUCGUUUUUCAGAAAAUCUUUGGACUUCUUCUAUUCUCGGAACGUUCAGAAAUUAAUUUAAAAUUUGCUAUGCCAUUUAUACGACCAGUUGAUUUCUUGCCUGGCAUUCAACAAGAUUCUUCGGAAUUUAUGAGCUCGCUGCUCGAUAAACUGCACGAGGCUGAUAAGAAAAUAAUUUCCUUAAACUGUAAUAAUUUAAAUGAGAAUGAUGAGAAACAAACAAAAAUGGAUGUUAAUGAUGAUGAUGAUGACGAUGAUGAUGACGAAUUCGCUAUAAGAGAUAAGAUUAUUGAUAACACUUCAAAAUUGAAUCAAUCUACGAUCGUACAGAAGAAUUUCGGUGGAAAGAUUUCAACAACAUGCGUCUGUUCGACAUGCAAUAGUCGAAGUGUAAACAUUGAUUCAUUUCGUGAUCUCGCUUUAUCAUUUCCUGAGAAGGAAAGAAAUGAAGAUGACGAUUGGGAUGCUCAAACUGAAUAUUCAGUGCAAGAGCUUCUUGAUUUUUAUUUCACAACAGAACAGUUGACAUUGGAUGGUGACAAUCAGUAUCAUUGUGAGAAAUGUAAGAGCCUUUGUGAUGGCAUAAGAUGCACAGAAAUUCUUCAACCACCUAAGAAUCUCAUCCUUACAUUGAAACAUUUUCGUUAUGAUUCACGUUGUCAUGUUAGAUCAAAGCUUCUCAUCAAUAAAAUGUUUCAUAAUGAAGAGAUUUCGGUGAAAGUUCGAUCGAGUCAUGCGAGCAACAGUUGGAGAAAUGUUAAUUAUCGAUUGUAUGCUGCUGUUGUUCAUACUGGAAUAAGCAUGGAUUGUGGCCAUUAUUACACGUUUGCGCAUGAAAAAGAUGAAAUCUGGUACAAGUUUAACGACAGUUUCGUCUCAACAAGCACACUUCAAGAGCUUCACAAUCUUAACUCGCCAAACACACCUUACAUCCUUUUUUAUCGGCGUAUAUCAACUGCAACAUCAACACCUUCAUCAUCGUCAUCAUCAUCGUCAACAGCUUGUUCAAUUGAUCAAUUGAUUCCAUCGACUGAUGAAAAGCUUCCUAAUUUCAAUGAGCUACCAUCGAUUGUUAAAUCAUUCAUCUCUGAUGACAAUGAAUCGUUUAAAAAAGAAUCAAUUCUUUACCCUUAUAAACCACUGCAAAAAUCCAACCGAUGGAAUGACGACGAUCCACCAAGUUCAUGUGGCCGCAGACAUCAAUUUCCGCAACUUCAACAAGAUGAACAAAACUCAAAGCUCCUUGAGCAGCUUUCGAAAAUAAUUGAAGAACAAGCUCGAAUAAGAUUUCAACAGAAAAUCCACCAACAUCAUCAGAAACAACAUGCAAUUCCACAAGAGAUUACUGGACCGGGUUUCAGCUUUGUCAUGCCACAAAUGACAAAGGAAGAGUUCCAUAGAAACAACAACAAGCCCAUCCAAUUUGCAGUGAAACCAUUCGACUCGAGAUAUUACGAGAACACGGAUGAUGAAGAAAGAGAAGACGAAGCAGCUGAAGCCGAUGCUGAAGAGAUCGAAUCGAACAUCAUGGACGAAACGGAAUCUCCAGCUGAUAUUAAAAAUAAAAUUCUCAUUCCACCACCCAUGCAUGUACUAAGCGGUGACAAAAUUCUUCAUAGAAAUCAGCAGAAAAUGAUAAAAAUGACACCGAAACCUUCUCUACCAUCUGACGUCAUGCAAAAGCCAUUACAAGUUGAAUUUGACAACACUACGAGUUUAUACAUUGUAGCGUUGAUAGCUGGUCUCAGCUGUGCAUUUUCAACUGGCCUCAUAGCACUUGGAAUUAUGUAUUGGACACUUUAUAAGAAAUCUAAAUCAGCUGACGCAUGUGACUAUGCAUGUGAUUAUGGCGUGAUUGGACCACGGACCAAAAACAUUGACAACUCACAAUUAGCGACAGGCGAUAAGAAAUUGGCACACUCUGCUCAAAUGUUCCAUUACCAACAUCAGAAGCAACAAAUUAUUGCAAUGGAAAAUCGUAAUGCUGAGUUGAAUCAUAAUGAAGAAGAUAAUGAUUCUGAUGAUAAUGAGAAUGACUUCACGGUUUAUGAAUGUCCUGGUCUUGCUGAAUGGGAUUCCGGAAUGGAAGUGAAGAAUCCAUUAUUCUCGGAAGAAACACCAGCAACUGUAGCAGCAGUUAAGAGCGAUAAGACUCAACAACCAUCAAGAAAAACUGCAAAUCAAAAAUAAAUUCUUUAAACUUUAUACGCGUGUGUCCCUUCCAAGUCGAUAAAAUCGUCAAAGCUGCAUGCUCCACUAAUUAUACUUAUUGAAAAAGAAAAAGAUAAAAAUCUAUUUUAAAAGAAUAAUAAAAUUAAUAUUUUUUCUUAUAAAAAAGAAAUAAAAAAAAGAAACCAAAAUCGAAACUAUCAUGAGACUAAAAAAAUGAAAAUGCAAGAAAUGAUUUUUUCCUUAAAACUUUUUUAAUUCCGUUUAUUAAUUUUUCAUUUCGAUGAAAAUGAAUUACGCGAGAUUAACAACAAUCGAGUAGUGCAACAUACAAAGAACUUGUAGAGAAAAAGUCAAAUUAAAUCAAUGAUCCCAUUUUUGUAUUAGAGGAUUAUCAUAAUAUGAAACAUUAUUAUAAAUGUAACACAUCUUAAAAAUAAAUAAUUAAAGAACAGAAAUCUUAGCGAUUCAUAAGACAAAACAUAAAACUUACAAUUAAUCUGAAUGUCCAAUUGAAGAUUUAAAAUCAAGUCGCUUUUUAACAGAAAGAAAAAUAGGAAGAAAAUCAGUUUUUAAAACAAAUAUGAACAUGAUAAAAGUGCGUGGGUGGAGAAUAUUUCCAUAAACAAUUAAAUUUUAAUGAGGGAUUUUUGCAACCUUUCAAAAUAUCGAAAUUAAAUAAAUUCCUCCAACUCUUCAACACACCCCCAACAAAAUGUUUGAAUAAGAAAAUUAUGACGCAAGAAAAGUGAGUGUGAAAAACAAAAGAAAAAUUAAUUUCUUUUUUGCGACAUGUUUAUGACAAAAAGGCUUUAAAUACGAAAUAGAAAACGAUUUACUUUGCAACUUCAUUACGAUUUCCUUCUAAUGCAAAUGAAAUUAUUUCUUAUAUAAAAACAAAAAACUUUUACGAUGAAUAUUUGUAUAUUUAUUUAUUUAUUAACAAAG